AUGUGCGACAAAGAUUGCCACAUAACUGGGACUAAAUCUGCUUCCAAACAAGCUAGGGGUAGUGACGAGAUCACUUCACCUCCGAUCAAGAACGAUUUAGCUGACAUUAAAGCGGCUAUGACUGAGAUGAUGUCCAGUUUUAAGAAUGAACUUUUAAGUCACGUUAAUGUGUCGAUAUCUCAGGUUUAUUAAGAUUUUGAGCAAGCGGCAGAUCAAGAAGUUCAGGACGACAGUGUUAGUGCCCCUGAAGCUGGCCCAUUGCCAGAACACAGUGAGGAUAAUCUCGUUGAUAAAAUCGCAAACUUUGCCAAAGACAAGGGUUCACACUCGCAAACAGAUUUGAGCGAGAAUACAGUUUUUUAAAACCUUUGUAGAACAGUUCGCUCCGGGUGAGCAAACAGGACCGGCAAUUGACCAUGAUCUUGCCACAAUCGUCAACGAAUUGUUGACUGAGAAGUUAACAAAAGAGAAGCUUGAACCAGUUCAAGAUAAGUAUUUAAAGCCAGAAAAUUGCGAGAAUUUAGUCGCACCAAAAAUUAAUAAACCCAUAUGGCAACAGCUUAAACAGGAGACUAAGAAUACCGAUUCUACAUUUCAAAAAAUUCAACAAUUGGCAUUGUCUUCGCUGUAUGCCGUCUUGCAGGUUUGUAAUAACCUUUCCAGCAAGCAGAAUAUUGAGGAUAGUGUAAUUAUGCUUACACAUUCAAUAGUGCUUUCACUAGCAGCAAAUCGAGAAUUAAAUUUAAAACGGCGAGAUUUACUUCGCUCGGAUUUGAAUAAACAGUACGCUGCUUUAUGUAAUCCAUCUACUCCAGUGUCACAAUAUCUUUUUGGGGAUGACCUAAAUAAGGAGAUGGAAGAUCUUUCAAAAGCUAGCAAGCUCACAAAGAAAGUUACGCCUAGUCAACGUAUGGAACCGUAUCGUCGACCAGUUGGGCGCGCCUCAACCUAUGUACCUUCUCGUUCGAAUAACUACCGGGGUCGUGGCUCGAGAGGUGCUUUUUUAGUGUUCGGCCGAGGGCAAUCCCGAAAUUAUUAGCGGAACAGUCAGAGACAGUCCCAGAAGUAGAAAAUCAG